AUGCCUUCGUGGUGGCAACUUUGGACAAGUGCUGCUGCUGUGCGGCCGAAGGCAGCAAAACUGGCUUUUGCUUCCAGCGCCUUCAGUCUGCUUGCAGCAGCAGCAGCAGCAGCAGUAGCAGCAGCAGCAGCAGCAGCAGCAGCAGCAGCAGUAGCAGCAGCAGCAGCAGCAGCAGCAGCAGCAGCAGCGGGAGCAGCAGCAGCAGCAGUAGGGGUUUACGGAGAGGGUUUAGAGGCUCUUCUUGCUGCAGCUUCUGCCACUUUUGCUGCAGCAAGUGGGGCCCCACAGCAGCCAGCCCUGGGCUCAGCAGCUGGCGUUUUGCUGCUGCACUUCGAAGCUUUCAAAACGCAGCAGCAGCAGCAGCAGCAGCAGCAGCAGCAGCAGCAGCAGCAAAUUGCCACUCGAGAAGCAAUAGUAAAGGAUCAGCAGCAGCUGCAGCAGCAGCAGCAGCAGCAGCAGCUGCAGCAGCAGCAGCUGCAGCAAGGCCCCCGCAGCAGCACCAUCAGCAGCGGCACCUGCAGCAGCCGCAGCAGCAGCAGCGUGCCGGUGGCAGCAGCAGCGUGGGCAGCAGCAGCAGCACAUGCAGCAGCAGCAGCACAUGCAGCAGCAGCACGAACAAGGCCACCAGCAGCAGCUGCAGCAGCAGCAGCAGCAACUGCACUGACACUAGAGGCGCAACUGCAGCAGCAACUGCAGCAGCAGCAGCAGCAGCAGCAAUUUGAUCUUCGGGCUUGUGAGCAGAGGCUUGCGAACUCAGCGCCAGCUGUAGUGAUCUUGGGGCUACAGCUUACGGCCUAG